GUUGGCUGGGGGGACUGCUGUGGAGUCUCAUCUGUGCAAAAUUGCUUUCUUUUCCUGGAAUCUAAAUUACACACUCUAAACUGGGGUAAAAAAUGGUCCUGCUUCUCUUUGGAAUAAUCAUCUUACACCUGGCUGCCCUUGCCCUUCUUUUGGUUUCAACAAUUGUCAAUGCAUGGGUGGUAGGAGACACCAUCACCUCUGACCUAUGGACCAACUGCUCCAUGGCUAAUGGAGGAUACCACUGUCUCCCGUCCUUCUCAGGAGAGUGGAUGCAGGCCGUGCAGGGUCUCAUGAUCUUGUCUGCGGCCUUCUGUGGCAUCUCCCUCUUCCUCUUCUUCUGUCAGCUGUUUACUCUCCGCAAGGGAGGACGUUUCUUCCUUACCGGAAUUUUCCAGAUCAUUGCAAGCCUACUAGUCAUGAGUGCCGCCAUCAUCUACACGCUGAUGAGCUCAGAGUGGGUAUCAAAUGAUCAGGGCUUUGGGUUCGCCUACUUCCUGGCCUGGGUGGCUUUUCCCCUCGCUCUGUUCAGCGGACUCCUGUACCUCAUCCUGAGGAAAAAAGACUGAGUGUGAUCAGGGGCCACUCUCACAGCUCCCGCAACGGGGUGGACAGUCAUCAGCAGCCGGACAAGCUGGACACAACAGAAUCAGUGCAGUUCUUUGAACAUGUAUAUAUCACCAAAGGCUUGAAACCUCUUCAUAAUACUUCCCUCAUACGUGUACAUAGUAUUGCCGUGUUAUUUUGUCCUUAUGUUUAGCUGAAUGCUGCAAAUGCUUCAAACGUUAAAUUUUUUGUAUUUGUUUUAUUUUUAAACCAACUAAAAUACAUUUAAACCAAAGAAGUCUGCAGAAAAAAAUCGUUUAAAAUUGUACCAUCUCAGCAAAAACUAGGAUUAUCCACAGUGAUUUAAUGAAUGAUUAAAUAAGACAGCUUUUUUAAAAAUGCCAGUAUGUUUUUACUGAAUAUUUCUGUCAACAGCGUUUAUAUUUCCUUUUUUUUUUUUCAAAAGUAUAAGGUGCUAAGUAUUUGCCAGUUGUGUUUCCAAAAUAUAUUGCAGUAAAGAAGCAAAGUAAGAUAAAUCAAGAAGCAGGUGGAACAUUUACUUCUGUACAUAAACUAUGCUGCUUUUUGUUUAUUUUUUAAUAAAAAAUCACUAAAAGAA